ACUCCUCACAAGAGUCACAUUCCUUAGGUCCGUGCACGAUAAACGGCAGGACAAGAUAUCUUUGACCAAUAAACAGCCUUUUUGAUACACCUGAUUCCACUCUGUCCAGCGUCGUUGUUUUGCAUUCCCUCUCCAGUAUGAAACACCAACAAAAAGGUAGCAUGAGGAUGGUUAUUCCUGGAUUCGAUCUAUGAUAAUUGGUGUGAGAGGACGAAACUGAUGACGGCUCAGUGACCUGUCCAAGAGACAAUCAGCCAUUCGUCUUGCCUCAGGAAAUCUGAUCGGAGCGCUCUACUUGAAAGGUGAGCAGAGCCUGUUAAAUCGAAAUCUGCAUAUUGUAUUAUAGUCUAAACCACAUUUUGAUCAGAAAGUACUGAGCGUGAGUAUGAAUCGUUGCCAAAUUAUUUUUUUACAUAAGAACCUAAGGCAUUGAUUAAAGAUAUCUUGUUUUGUAUAAAGACAAAAAAAAAAAAAAUGUAUUUUUUAUUUUUGAUUAAUUGGCCUAUACUGAGUUAUUUUAAUAGGAAUGAGUGAAUUGUGAUUGACCAAUAUGUUAAAUUCCUUCGGGACGCUGUUUGUUCUGAAAUCUGCAUAGAAAACUGUCCUAAUUAUAUAUAUAUUGGGUUGUGUAUAGAGGUGAGGGAAAGCAGAGGCUGUGUUUUAACAUGUAAAGGACACGAUUAUGAAUGUUGGAAAUUCUAUGUGAAUUUCGUAUGAAUGACUGUAGUAUUGAGAAAACAUAUGAACCAGAGUUGACGUUCCAUGAUUUUGAGACCGGGGAAAUUAGAUUGAGAGAAACGUUUGUCGCGGAGUAAACCGCUAGGUUGGGAUACGUAACUGGGCUAUUAUGCACACGUGCUGAUAGACAAAGCUAUCGCCAUGCUGCUUUGAGUGACAGCCGCCGGCCUCAAUCACUGAUUUUCGCUUUUUUCAUUCCUGUUGAUAUUGCCUAAAGUUUAAAGUUGUUCUGACAAUUGCUAUAGAAUCGCUCAAAUUUACUGAAAUAAGUUCCAAAAGGAAAUUACUGAAUUAUUUCUAGAAAGUACUUAAGUAAGCCGCCGAGCUAAGCACUGCCUUUGAUUGACAAGCCGCCGAGCUAUACACAGAUUUUUAGUUUUUCUAUUCUAUCCAUAUUUCCUAAACAGAUAGAAUUAUUCUGACAAUUGCUAUAGAAUCGCUCGAAUUUACUAAAAUAAGUUCAUAAAGGAAGUUACUGAAUUAUUUACAGAAAGUAUUUAAAUGAUUCACUGAACAAUCUUUAUAUUUUUUAUUGUCUAUUUUUUAUAUUUCCUAAAGUACUAGAAUUAUUCUGACAAAUGUUAUAGAACCGCUUGAAUUUGCUAACAUAUUGUCCCAAGAGGGGAUUGCUCAAUCAUUUCUAGAAAAUACCUAAAAUACAUUUCCAAGGAAGAGUGUGUACCCCGUGUCGAAUAAUUAGAGAAUACGGAAGAGCUGUGUGCCCUGUAUUUAAAAAAUAAAUUUCCAUGGAAGAGUGUGUACCCCGUGUCGAAUAAUUAGAGAAUACGGAAGAGCUGUGUGCCCCGGGUUCAUGUUAUGCCAAAUUCAUAUUAAUUAGAGAAUACGGAGGAGCUGUGUGCCCCGUUGACGCGUUGUGUACGGUCAAGGAGGUAAAUUAAAUCAUUUUAUUCCACGGAGGAGCUGUGUGUCCCUUGUGUAAACAUUAAUAGGUAACCAGUUUUGUAUUACUGCCGCGUGCCCUGUUUUGGGUUUUAGAUACGUUCCUGCGAUCGUUCCUGAGACCUAUUUAGACGAAAUUCCAAGUUGUUUUUCUCUGCCAGUGAUGCCUAUCCACCAUUGCGCUCUAACUUUGUAUACGAGGGUGAAACACUAGAGUUAAGACUACUGUUUGCGCCAAGAAUACAUCCUGGAUGUAAGGUCCAGGACGGGCUAAGUAUACAAGGAUUUUUAAAAUUAUUUAUAUAUUUUUUAACGAAUGGACUAAUUUAACGUGUAUCUUACAACCGAUUCGCGAUGGCUGAGAGUUCGGUCAAACUCAAAUUGACUGAAUAUUUGGACAAGCAAAUCAGGGACAGGUCAGGAAGUAAAGAUCAAUAUAACAAAAUAAGGAAGGUUUGGGAGCGUAUAAAACUAAAAUGGAUACAGGCAGGUUACUUUAGUGGAGAUCUCCCUUCCGAGGGAGAUCUGUCUAUUAUGCAGAAAAGAUUAAAAGACGCAGUGGCAGAAGCGAAGGCGGGGGAGGUAGACAGGAAUAGUGAACAUUUUUUCAAAAACGACGGUACAAAAGACAGAGAAAGGACUGAGGACGAAUUUAAAAUAGGGACGUGGGCCAUCGAAGAAAUGAAACGGGUGCAACUGCAGAAGAAAGAAAAUCUCGAUGUGAUGGGAGUGGUAACUCCAGUCGCUGCUCCAACUCAGACUCUAACCCCACCUGACUCAACAGAGAAAAACCACCAGCCGCGCCCCUCAGCACACUACGCAUCCAUCUACCCAGCACUACCAAAGGAAAUUCCACCUCCCUACUCCGCGGGCCUGGAGGCUGGCCAGUGGCCACAUAAUGGGGGCUCACACAACCCAUUUAACCCUUUCCUGUCAGAUGCCACUUUCCAGGCAACACUGCUGGCUAUUAAAGGGGGCAAUAUAAAGGGAACCAUGAGCCUGGGAAUCAAGGGAGGGCAGAUACUGUGUGAACCCAUACAUAUGGAGGAGCGGCACCCUACUGGCCACAUGUCUGCACUAAGAGAACUAAGGGGAGAACAGGAAGAGGCCUAUUUGUUCCCACUCCGCCCAGCUGUGGAUCGUCGAUACGUUGAAUACCAGCCAUGGAAAAUGACGGACCUUACCACCCUCAUGGAACAAAUGCCCAGCCUACACGGGGGAGCAUCAGCAUGGCUCCUCAGACUACAAUCUCUCACCUCCGGUCUGAAACUCUGUAAAGGAGACAUGGAGGCACUAUUGGCUCGGGCCACCGAUCACGGGCAAAUGAAAGCCCUCAUCAAGGCAGCUGACCUCGAAGAUGCGCCAAACGCCACUCCGCUGGACCAGAUAAGGACUGGCUUAUGGAAUGAGCUCAGAAGAGCAUAUCCUACGGAAAGGAACCAUGCCACCCUUACCUCUUUUACCAUGGAACCUGGUGAACAACCCGCUGCCUACCUGGACAGGGCUAAGACCACAUGGAGGUCGGUGCAUGAAGAGCCAUUCGAUCACACCAACACCACUCUAGCGAUGUGGAAAGAAAUGGUGGUGAAUGGAUGUCCUACUAAAGUGAAAGCACAGUUGAGGGGCACAGUGGGCCUCAUCUCCCUCCCUCUGACCCAGUUCAACACACACAUCCAUCAUCACGUUGCUCAACAUCACAAGGAUAAAGGGGGAGCUGAAUCCCAGGUGCAAAAGCUCCAGCUUGAGCUCUUGAAGUUGCAACUGAAGGACGCGCAGAGGGGAGACAAACCAAAGAAACAGAUGGUGGCCGAGGCAUCUACAGACAUUGCUGAUAUAGUCACUAAAGCAGUCACCCAGAUAAUGCAGCAACAAACUGUCCCGCAGACUUCCGCACCCGCUCCUGGCCCUGCGCACUUAACACCAAUGCCAAUGGCUCCACAGUGGGGGAAUGGCUCCACAGUGGGGGCCGCAGAUUGCAUUCCAGCCACAAUGGAUUCCAGGACUGCCUAGAAGGAGAGUUUGCUACAACUGUAGGACACCCGGUCACUACUCCAGGGACUGCCCAUAUCCACUGUCUCAACCUCAGCACCCAACCAGGGGAGGAAGGCCCUUCCACGGUCCACCAAGGGAGAGGUGGCUACAGGCCAUCCCCUCAGAACAACCUGCAUACAAUCACCCAGCACCAUUUGCCUCCUACUCACAGGGCCUACCACCCCUCACAUCCUGUUUAAGUUCAACCAACUGACAGCCCAAAUCUACACUCUACACCCAUAUAAGACUCCCCAAGCUGAGAUCCAUUGCACACUCAAUGCAACAGAAACUGAUGACUACCUCUACACUGAAGACUGGGACGAAGACAUGAUGCACCUGACCCCACCUAUCAGGUGUUGUACCAUUGGGUGUGGCGCAGAGGGGGUGGCAGCACCGGUCAUCCUAUGAUCAAGGAACCUCCAUGCACCCCUGGCCUGGACAGCUGAAGCAUUAACAGCCAUAACACUCCUGAAAACAGAUCUAUCAGCGGCAGCAGCUCUGACUACACCCGACUACAAGAACAAGUUCCAUUUGGAUGUUUCUGAAAAUGAAGGACUCACCUCAUCCGUUCUUUUCCAGAAACAAGAGGGGGAGAGAAGGGUCUUGAUGUACUACUCUUCCAAACUUGACCACAUUGAGGUAGGACAGACAACAUGCUCCAGAUACGUUCCUACAGUAGCAAAAGCUAUUGAAAAAACAGCUCACCUCGUGAUGUCACCCUUGAAUCAGUCAUCAUCCCUCAACCAGCACCUGCCCAAAUUAGCUGAAAUCAUCGGAUUGACACAGGCCCUCAUCAGAGGAAAAGGAAAGACUGUGAAUAUCUAUACAGACUCAGCCUAUGCCCAUGAGGCAGUCCACACUGAUGGACCCAGAACUUUUACGAGAAGCACAUGGCCCCACACACGAAGGCAAACUAAAGACCCUCCAAAAGGCCUCGCACAUCUGGUGGCACCCUCACAUAAAAAAUAUGACUGACUUAUUUUAUGACAAUGAUUUAUUUUGUAACGAAUGCAACAUAUGUGGCAGCCACAACCUAAAGAAACCAUAUCAAACACCAAUGGGCUCAUACCCAGUACCUAAUGCAUGUUUUCAGGAUAUUAGUAUAGAUUACACCGACAUGGGCCCCGACAAUGUAUUCUAAAGACAAACACUAUCUCCUAGUUAUGGUAGAUAGGUACUCCAAAUGGGUAGAAGCAAUACCAACAGCGAAGGAGGAUGCUAGGUCAGUCGUUAAGUGGUUACAAACCAAACUAAUACCCAGGUAUGGCAUCCCAAGAGAAAUCAUAUUUGACAAAUGGCUCACAAGAUUUGGCAUAACACACAGAUUUGGUUCUGUGUACUACUCCCGGUCCCAAAAUCUGGUGGAACGUUAAACCAAAAGCUGAAAGCUAAGAUAGCUAAGAGUCAUGCCUGGUCCACCAAGGGAGGGAGGUCAUUUGCCCGUCCUUGAUGUACAACAAAUUGUAAUGUCUAAUUAUGUGAAAAAACUGACGGUUCUCUGUGCAGCACUCUCUACCCAGGUUCACAAGGUCCAGGAGGGGGAGUCUGCCGGGGGACACGCAAGCACUGAAGGUAAAGGUUGGGUGACUGGGUGAGGGUUAAAAGUCCACAAGAGAAAGUGGCUGGAACCCAGGUGGACUGGACCGUACGAAGUGAAGGAGGUUACUUCACACUCAGUCCAGGUCAAAGGUAAAUCAGGCGCACCUUGGCACCACCUUACACAUUGCACCCCAGCCCCAACAGAGAGUAAUAGGAUACGGCAUGUGUCAAAAUGAUUGAUUGGUGACAGGUAUCAAAAAUGAUUUAUUGCUGACCUUAUGACCUGCUGACAUGUACUGAAUAUGUGCCCCUGCCCCGCCCCCCUGUUCGUGUGGUCAUGUGUUAGAGGGUGUGUGUUAUUUUGUGGCCCAUGCCCCCCUCCACCCCCCCAGUUUUAUCUCCCUUAUGGUUGUUAUCUAUGAAGCAGGAAUGUCUGGGGCUAUAGAUAGCGCUGGGGCCUCAGCAUUAUAAAUGUCCAGAACAAGCCAUUUUUUAAGACCUGAAUAUUAAACAUCUAAAAUAUGUCUACAAGUGGAAUUCUCGGAGUGCUCUGUAGCUCAUGUCACGAACCCAACGCCAAAAGCUUGGAGGAUAUUUUGGUAGAGGCUCCCGAAUGUUUUAACGGAUUUCUGUGUACAAGCGAGGGCCAUAUUUCGUACAUAUUCAACCCGGAGGAAUCUACGGUUAAGAUAUUCACAGACAGCGUGUCCCAACCCUUUUAUCGUGCAGAACCCGAGCCUUUUUCUCCAGCGCUAAGGAUGCGAGAAUGGCUUAAAAUAAGGCUAUCUUUGUGUCAAAUGGAACGUGCCCUGAGUGCUUCAAGGCUGCCAGGAUAUGCGUUGGAAGAACGUCUGUGGACGCCAGGAUCUAAUGGCUCUGAGAGUCACUUCCAUGGGGUAUACCCCGGACUCCAGAGGGACAAUUUUAGCAUGUGAACAAUUUGACAGGUCAAAUGCUACGAAAACGGUCAGUUCAUAUGUAUCCUCCAAAGCAUGCAAGGAUGUAAUUUUUUUUCAAAUAAAUGGCGCGAUUACCACAUUUUCUGAACCCUGAUGAAUAAGCUGGACAGUCUUUUCGAAAAUCGUGAACAAUUACGGCGAUGGCCGAGGUUAUCGUUGAGACAUACCCCGGAACAACAACAAGUUCGAAGGCGGAUCUUUGCCUGUCAGGAAAGUGGACAGAGCUUCGACGGAGAGCGGAAAAGACUUUGUGAUGGGGAAUUGGAAACGGAUAAUGUUCAGGGCUAACAGGACCCCUAUAUCUGUAAGAAAUAGUUAAAAUAAAUGUUUAAUUAUAACGUGUGUUAAAAUGUAGGUGUUAAUUUUUGAAAAUGUAUACCCCCCCAUUUAACUAAGGGCUAGCGCUCUUUUCUCUCAAGCUAGGGUCUGGCGCAGACAACUGUAAGAUCUGAAAAAAAACAUGUAUUAUUUUAUAGUCUAUUCCUUCAUGGGUAUGUUAUGAACAUUACGUUUUAUUAAAGUUUGUAAUAAUGUAAAGACCUGCAUCCAAGUUUUUUUUUUUUUAACAUAAAACACGUGUGCUGCAUGUUUAAAUAUUAUUCAAAUGUGUUACUUAAUUCAAACAUGUCUUAAAGGUUGUACGAAAUAUUUUGGAAUUCAAUAAAAGGAAUGUUUAAAAACGGUAUCUCACCCUUUAACUAUGGGAAAAGCCUAUUUAACAACGUCUUCCAGCUCUGUCGCGAAGUAAAAUAUCAUAGUGUUUGGGUGUGUGGGGAGGGGUCUUGAGGCGGAGCAACAGGUGUGUGUGUGUGUGUGGUUGGGUGUGUGUGUGUAACAUAAAUCCUAAGGUUGGGGGUUGUUUCAACCAGGGGGUCCCAGGACUCUUUUAUCUGUAGAGAACCGUUUGAAACCAAGGUGUGCACUAUCAGGCAUAAGGCAUGUCGAGAUAUCAGCCGAACAGCGGGGGUUAAACAUAGAUAUCUCUAAUCUGCGGCCCCCACACAACCCGUUUGCAGACAGAAUGUCACGACAUCCUCUCCUGUUGUUUGAAUUCACAGCCUGUGUUCUCUAAACCAGACAUACAUGGGGUGGGGGGUGUAGCAUACAUCUCUCAAAAAACUAAUUUCGAACUUUUAGAUCGUUAGGGACAGAACUAUUUUUUAACGUUGUCAGCAUUGCUUUAGCGCAAACAUAAAGGCCCAGAAUAUUGAGCUGCACGGACAGAUUAAAAUAAUAAUAAUAAUAUUCGGAAUAAGGGAAUCUCGCAUAAUGGAUAUUUCUGGAGGUGAGUAAAUGAAAAAAACUUAUAUUUUAAGAUUUGUUUGAAUAUUAUUGGAAUAUUAACCCCUAGUUAUUUGGGUAUUUCAGGCCAAAAGCCCAAUAUAGGUUAAAAAAAGUGUAGAUAUAGCGUAUAACUGUUAACAUUGUCUAAUGGAAUCUAGGAUCCCCGACAUUUACGCAGAUUUUACGAGAGUUACCUGAUCUGGAACAUGAUGGGGGUUCGCAGGAGCAAAAGUCUGGCAGACAAUCACCAACGGCCUUUUUUCGUUCCGACAUACAGCCCGUUAUGAUAAAGGAUGCGUUAUGGACAUCUGACACGCAGGACUUUGAUGCAAUUCUACCGUUCUGUACGAGCGCUUUUUCAAACUCACCGCGAAUCCAGGGAACAUCGACCCCCUCCCGACAUAUUCCAGACACCAACAAGCAACUAUCAAUGGUGGCCCAAGUACACUGCUCAGAAUCAAGCCCCCCCGAAAACUACUGUUGGGCCGGGAACUUGCUGCUUCACGAGCCGGCGCUCCAGGGACAAGACUGCCCGGAGACAGGCCCAGCAGAAUCUGGAACGCUAGAGGGAAAAAGUCACACACCCCCGGUUUCGGCGAUUCGUCACAACAAGCGCCAAAAAAGCAGAGACUCCGCAUCGGCGAAAAACGGCACAGACGACCACAUAAAUCUAGAGCUGGGGGAUUCCGGCGCACCGCGCAUUCAGAAUGAAACACCCAAGAGACCUGUUUUUAAUGACAUGUCAGAUGUUGAUGACCAGCUAUUCUGUGAUGCGGCCAACCUUAUAGACCCAGUCAAUUCUACGGCCUCAGUACCUGCAGCCGAACAAGAAAGGUUUUUCACAUUAUUUUCCAGGGCUUUGAAAUCGAGGAAUGUUUUGCUAUAGAAACGACUGGGGGAUUUAAUUGAGAGACAGUACAGAGACGAUAUGUUAUUCUGGCAUAGAACAAUUCCACGCAUGUUAAACCGCAACCCCAUUAAAAAACGCAAAUACAGACGCUAAAAUCAUACAUGUAACACCAACCAUUACAGAAAAAAAACGAACACUCUUAAUUAUCCAAAAAUGGCAGAACUAACGCAACACGGGGAGACAGUUGAAAGCCUCUUAUCCCAGAUUCCAGACAAACUCCUAGAGGUUAUAAGACAUAUGAACAAUUCAGGAACGUUAGAUGAAAGUAUAUUAACACAGAUUCCCGCCGAACUCUUAGAAAUGAUUAAUCGUAUGAACCAGUCAGGGGGGGUUGAAGAAAACAUGUUAUCCCAGAUUCCCGAAGCCCUCAUAACCUUAAUUAAUCGUAUAAACGAAAGUCAGACAAUUUUGGGCCUGACAACCCCAACAGCGAUAGAACAACCAGUAACGCCUAGAUCCGUAGAGUCUGAAACGCCACAAGAUGUUUUUGGGGAAUUGGACAAUUGUCUAAUAAAUCUGGCGGCAGAUGUUCAUGAUAGACGUGUCAGGGUUGUGUACAGGAAUAAAUUCAACAAUACAGAGAUUCGACAGUUUUUCAAUUUCCUAUGUGUGAAUCAGAAUCUUGACUAUGCUGUAUUUUACAUGUUGAUAAUGGACACUGAAUGACCUGUUAGAAACAGCAAGAGAUUUUGGCGAACCUCGUGAUGUCUUACAGUUGGAAAUAUGUGGAGAUAGCCUGCAUAAUUCAGUAUCUCUUAUUUUACCCAAUGGCGAAGCAGAUCUUGAACAAUUUACAGCGCUGGUAGAACGCCUUGUUCAGUCAAAUUUAGCCAUCAUAGCCGAUCGGACCCUAGAGCUUGUAGUGCAAAUAAUAAGUCAACCACAGGGGGGCGGUGGGCAGAGAAGGAAGCUUGAUAGCCUAAUGCAGUCAGAAAUCAUAAGCAAUAAAAGGGCCUACCUCAUAAACGUUCACAAUCCCGAUAAUAAGCUAUGUUUUGCAGUAGGCCUAGCGCAUUUACUUAACCCCGGAUGUACUGAUCUGACGGCAUUGCAAAAGGCUAGAGAGAUCCAAAAGGCGGUGGGUCUCGGGAUCCAUGAAGGCGUGGCAUUCUCAGACAUUGUCAAAUUUGAAAACCUUCUGAAUAUCAAGAUUGUGGUUUUGUACCACAGUAGAGCUAAUGCAGCUCUCUUGAAGUUCCAAAACACCCCCCAACCGCACCCCCAGAUUCUGUACUUUUAUGUAUAAAACGAACAUUACUAUGCCGUUACAAACGUCACGGCGUUCCUAGGGGCAACCUAUGUGUGUAGAUCCUGCCAUACCGGCUACAGCCGAAAGGGGGGGCACUCGUGCCGUUAUAACUGUUCUGUAUGUCAGGAUGCCGAGUGCCCUAUGCAGACCCUAAACUUGACACCAUGUGAAGAUUGCCAUCGCACAUGUCGUUCGACCUACUGUUACGAUAAACACAAAAUUGAAACAUGGCACCCUAAGGUCUGUAAAUCUGUAAGCAUUUGUGCCAUUAACAAGAAAUGCCCAAAAUGUCAUUGCAAUUACAGCCUUAAAAUAGAUAGCCCUAAACCACAUGUUUGUGGAAUCCUACAGUGUCCAAUCUGUAAAGGGGCUCUGAAAAGCAGAAAUGCUGAAGUGGUUCAAGAAGUGCCACACGAGUGUUAUAUUCAGCCCUUGGCUGAAGAUGAACCUUCAGAGAAAUAUGUGUUCUAUGAUUUUGAGACAAAUCAGCAAUCGGGGGAUCAUUUGCCUAUUUUUGUAUCUACCAUGACAUUCACGGGGGAAAAGUGGUCUGCAGAAGGAUCCAAUUGUGUACUACUCUUUCUAAAACAUUUUAGAAAACCACAGUACCGAAACUUUACGUUCAUAGCGCACAAUGCUAGAGCCUACGACUCGUACCUUCUUCUGAACCCCUUGAUACAGCAAGGCAUAGCGCCGAGGGUCCUAGCGCAAGGUAGUAAAAUCCUGUGUUUUGUAGAUCCCGCCUCCAACCAGAGAUACAUUGACAGUUUAAGCUUCUUACCCAUGAGAUUGGCUCAAAUGCCAGAGGCCUUGGGUUUUGAAAACUCUGUGAAAGGCUGGUUCCCCCACUUCUUCACAUCUGAGGAGAAUCUACACUAUAUAGGAUCAUAUCCCAGCCCAGAAAUGUAUGGGUGUGAUCAAAUGUCUCCCAAAGAGCGAGAGAGAUUCAUGACUUGGUAUGAGACAGUAAGACAUGGCACCUUUGAUUUCCAUAAAGAGAUGGAAUCAUACUGUGACAAUGAUGUGGUUAUACUUCGUGAAGGAUGCCUCAGAUUCAGAGAAGAGGUAAUCAAAGAUGCAGGCAUUGACCCUUGGAGUUGUACAACGAUUGCAUCGGCAUGCAUGAAAACAUACCGUACACACUAUUUGCAGACAUCCUCUAUAGCGAUGCCCUCGCCUGACAACUACCGACGUCAGUUCAAGGCCUACUCUAGUGGGUCCAUUCAAUGGCUAGAGUAUAUGGCCCAGGAUAAAGACAUUUUUAUUCAACAUGCUUUGAAUCGAGGGGAGAAGGCGUUUGGCUCUUACCAUGUAGAUGGCUACACCAAGAUUGACGGGGUUGAGACCGUGUAUGAGUACAACUCAUACACGGAGUUGUACUCAUAAAAUGAGUUGUUUCUUCCAUGGUUGCAAAUCUUGCUUUGUGCCCCAGAACAUAUGUGUCCUAACCCAAAAGACAUUUGGGGAAAUGUACCAAGAGUUUCAAGACAAAGUUGAUUCGUUACAGGCUACUUACGGUCUAAAAGUGGUUGUUUUGUGGGAGCACGAAUGGACAGCCCUCAAAAAGUCUGAUCCUCAUGUUCAAUCAUUCCUUUCCAGCUUUGACAUCCCAGAACCUCUGGAGCCAAGACAGGCCUUGUAUGGCGGCCGUACCAAUGCUUUGACAUUGAGGUAUGUAGCGCAACCCGACGAGACAAUAGGCUAUGUGGAUUUUACAUCCCUUUAUCCGCAUGUAAUGAGUUCCUCAUGCUAUCCUAUAGGUCAUCCUGAAAUUAUUCAUCGUGAUUUUGACUUACCUCAAAACUAUUUUGGUCUGAUCAAAGCAAAGGUUUGUUUAUACCUGUGUUGCCUUGCAGGGGCCCUCAAGGAAAACUUUUCUUUCCCCUUUGUCGCACCUGCAGUGAAAACAUACAACAAACCCCAUGUGAUCACACCGAUCAAGAAAGAGCACUGACAGGUGUAUGGGUCACAGCUGAAUUCUCUAAGGCUUUAGAGAUGGGGUAUCGUGUGGCCAAAAUCUUUGAAGUAUGGAACUUUCCAAAGAAAUCAGACACUCUUUUUAAAGAGUACAUAAUAUAAUAAUAUGUGCCAUUUAGCAGACGCUUUUAUCCAAAGCGACUUACAGUCAUGUGUGCAUACAUUCUACGUAUGGGUGGUCCCGGGAAUCGAACCCACUACCCUGGCGUUACAAGCGCCAUGCUCUACCAACUGAGCUACAGAAGGACCACUUCUCAAUACCUUCUUGAGAUGUAAGCAAAUGGCUUCAGGCUAUCCUGCAUCGGUCACAGAUCAAGAAAGUAAAGACAGGUACAUUCAAGACUAUCAUGACAGAGAAGGCAUCCUUCUUGACCCUGACAGAAUAGAGGUCAACAAAACCAAACGAAAUGUGUUGAAAUUGUACCUAAAUUCGCUUUGGGGCAAAUUAGCGCAGAGGUGUAAUAUGUUGACAACGUCGAUUAUUAAAGACCCUGAAGAAUUUUUGGAAUUCAUUUUUUCGGACCAAUACGAAAUUUCACAUUUUUCAUUCUUGAGUCAAGACAUUGUCUUGGUGCAAUGGCGACGUAACAAGAAGUGGGUUCUACCCCCGGGUAAUGUAAAUGUGUUUCUUGCAGCAUUUACCAUGGCCUAUGGCCGACUUGAACUGUACAAGCUCAUGGAGCAGCUUCAGAGGCGGGUACUUUACCACGACACAGACUCUGUGGUCUAUGUAAGCAAACCAGGGGAUUGGAGCCCCCCACUCAGCAACUAUCUGGGUGGCUUAACGAGCGAACUCGCAGAGGGUGACCAUAUCACAGAAUGGUCAUCCUGUGGGCCCAAAAGCUAUGCUUUUAGAACGCUAAAGAAUCACGUGGUAUUGAAAGCCAAAGGAGUGACUCAAAACUAUGAAAAUGCCCAGCGUGUAAACUUGGAAUCAAUCACACGCUUGGUCGAGGGGUUCCUAAAUGACAGGAAUAGUGACUUGGAGUUUUUGAGCUCCUACAAAAAGAUUGUUGUGUAUAAUACAGGGCUUCCAUCUGAGGAAGGCCCCACUUACUAAAAGAUUCAGGGUUGUCUAUGACAAGAGACUGCUUUUGCCUGACUGGACCACAUUACCCCUUUGGGUGUUGACUUAUGCUACAAGCUACAGGGGUCUUAAAGCUUAAGAUAUAAUGACUGCUGUAGAAGGUUUUGACCCCCGGUUGCAACUACCAUUUUCGGCCUUAAUCGCAGGGCCUUCGAAUAGUGGUAAAACUUGUUUUGUAAAAAGUAUUUUAAAGAAUUCUGAACAUGUGUUAUCUCAAAAGCCUGAUAAUGUUGUGUGGUGUUAUUCAUGUUAUCAACCUCUGUAUGAUGAAUUGUUGAAGACAAUAAAAAUCAAGUUUGUUGAAGGAA